AUGAUUUCAAACAGUUUCAGCUUAGCGUUACUUUUCUCCACUACCUUAUGCAAAGCCCAGUUUGGAGGCAGUCAAAACAAUGACGAAACUUUGAUUUAUGCAUUGAACAACCCGCCGAGAAGCUGUGCAGUUCGGAAUGGUGAUUUACUUUUCAUUAACGGUCAGUACAGUCGCCGAUUAACCAGACCAGAACGACGAGAAUUGGCAAGCUAUAAACGACGAACCGAUAGAAGAAGGUUUCCAAGAGCAAGCCGGUUUUACUCCCCAGGGUUCGCUCAGAGCAGAAAUGGUGAUUUUGAUAUUGGCGGACAAAUGGACGUGGUCGGUUUACUAAUGGGGCAGUCACAAGACCCUUACAGUUAUCAAAACUAUUAUAACGAAGUAAAUUCUCCAUACCUAUUCUACAGUUACAACCCAUGGCUAUACAUGAGACAGUACUCGACUGGUUCUGCAGUUCCCUCUACAGCGUAUCCCACGAAUGUUGGCACUUAUAAUGUUUCACCUAACAGUUACAUAAAACCACCGUCAUUCUGUGUGACGUGA